AUGCCGCGAAAGACAAAGAGCCGGCUGAAGAUCACCAACUUGCUCGGCGCAGGUGCGUUUGGCGACGUGUAUGCGGCGCAGCUGGGCAACGACGAGGUGGCGGCCAAGGCGGUGAGCGCGGGAAGCGAGAAUGGGGCGCGGCCCGAGACAGAGGCCAAGAUGCUGGCGCGGGCGGGGACGCAUCCCAACGUGGUUAGCUAUCUCGGUACCAUGCGUGAUGGAGGGACUCGCCGCAGGUGGCUCGUGCUGGAGCUGUGCGCCCAUGGCUCGGUAGCCGCCCUGCUGGCUGCCCGCGGGUCUGGCCUGCCUGAGGCCGCUGUCGCCCACGUGACCGCCUCGGUUGUUGCCGCUCUCGCCCAUCUUCACUCACCGCAGAUAGGCAUUGCCCAUCGUGAUGUCAAGGCAGCCAACUUGCUUGUCGAUGCCAAAGGCAACAUCAAGCUCGCCGACUUUGGCGAGGCCGUCGAGCUGGACGCGUCGCUGCCUCCCGGCGCAGAGUUGGCCGCCGGUUCGCCGCACUGGAUGGCGCCCGAGCUGAUGGCCGCCGAGGGCGCCGACGUGGACCUGGCCAAGGCUGAUGUGUGGGCGCUGGGCAUCACUGUCAUCGAGCUCGUGCAAGGUGAGCCGCCGCUCGCCCGCGAGCACCCGAUGCGGGUCCUUCGCAAGAUUGCGAGUCGCACGCCGCCCCGGUUAGCCCGCUCCGCCUUUCCGAAGCGGAUGCGGACCUUUGUGGCCAAGGCGCUCGCCCACGAUCCGGCGGCGCGGCCUGCAGUGGCCAAGCUCUCAUCACACUCGUUUGUGCGGUCAAAGUCGCGCCGGCACCUCGGCCGCGAGCUACUUCUUGACGCACUGGCAUCGGCAGCCCACAACGCAUCGACUGCAACCGGACACGACUCGUGGCUCCUCCACGCCUCCGACUCUGAUCACUCGACCGCUCUGGCCGCGUCGCUCGUCCACUCGGGCAUCUCGUUUCUCACUGGGACACCGUCGCCGACGCCGGCGUAUCGGCCGCGGCCGGCGCGUGGCCCGUUGCACAGCGUCUCGAGUUCGAGCUCGGCCGCAUCCGCCUCGAGCUCGGAGACCGAGUCUGCGCUCUCGAUGUCGACCAUUUCGCCAGCGUCGUCGUCGUGGUGACCUUGCCAAGCCUCGUCUUGCCUUUCGACCCACAGUCGUUUCUGGCCCAACGUUGUUUACAUGUUCAUGGGGCGAUGGAUGCCAAGGCGGGCCAGGUACGAGGCGCGGAUAGGCUUGCGCAUCGGCACAAUGCGGACAGUGUCGUGCUCUGGAUCCGGGACGCGGAUGGUGCGCGAGCGCGGCGAGACAACAAGCGACGUCGGGUCGACCUUGGACGCGGCGGCGGCGGCGGCGAUCUCGUUCUGCUCGUUAAGCACGUCGCGUUCCGCGGCGGACAUGUUGAGGCGACCCUCGGUGAGCUUCCGGUCGAGACCGAUGAGGAUAAAUGUGAGGAAGAGCGACAUGACCUCGCA